AUUUCGAUUCAACCCUCUGGCGUUAGGCGUUCCGCUAGGCGGCUGAGAGGACGUCUCUGGCACCUUUGCCACGCCUUUCUCUCCUGUUGCUCGUGCAAGGUGGAGUGAGGCCAGAGAUCGUUCGAAGGGUCACCAGGAGGGGUUGAUCCCGCGCUGCUUGGGGUUCGCUCUACAGUUCCACUGCGUGUGGCCCAGUGUGCGCAGUAUAUCGAUACGGGUAUCGACGGCUCUCGUCCUUCCAUGUUUCGGGACGGAAGGGAAUCUGUGAAAACCCGCAAGAAUUCGGGGAAUAUCGGCUGCUAGUCGGAAAGCGAGAGCCUGGAACUGGAAUAGUGUAAGCCCGCAGGGCAGGAAAAGACUGCUGUGUGCCAUCUGUCGGCCCAACCGUGUGGCAUCCAUUCAGGGUGCAGCGCAGCACAGUGCAGCGAUUGCCAUCCGCACCACCAUAUCCAUCCUAUCCAUGCGAGCUAGCCCACCCAUCCCAGAUAACCCAGCCAGCCAGCCAGCAAGCAUGUCCACCGCCGUGCUUAACUACCCGCCCCGAGCACGCAGCACAGGCGCAAGCAGCAGCAGCACCACCACCAGCUUGCCCCGCUACCCUUGCCCGUCCAAGGUGCAGCACACAUCCCCCACCGCUGCUGCCGGCUACGAUCAUCGCUCGAGGCCAAGGCGCGCUUCAUCGGACGCUCGAGCCGCUCGUCCAACCCUCGACACCCCGGCGCAUCGUCGCGAUAGCACCACCCGCUCGCGCUCCGAGUCCAUCUCCAGCGGCGGCAGCGAGUACCACGAUACAUCCGAAGUCUCGACCGCUUCGACAACUCCAUCGCUUCCCUUUACGCCACAGUUCCCGCCGCUGCCACCACCGCUGCCCACCCCUGGCCGCAGCAGCAUCAAUUACUCGCGUCCGCGUGCAGGCUCCGUCGGCCGCGAACCUUAUCCAACCUAUUCUUCCCUUACCGCCGACGACCGGCCGAUUGUGCGGCGCAAGCACUACUCUUUGUCGGCCUCUUCCUCGAGAGACUCCUUGAAGAGGCUUGCUUCACCACCUGCAUCCGCCGCAUCCUCAACCCCUUUUCCGCAUUCUCGACGCGAAGCAGAGGACGGGUUCAGCAAGCUGGAAGGCUUCGACGCCAGCCAGCAAGCGGCGAUCGCGUACUCCCUGUCGUUCCCUGCGCAGGAAGAAUAUUCUCAGCUUUCUAGCCGCCUCCCACUCUCGUCGCCACCGAGGGACGAAAGCGAAGCCACCAUGAUGAACAUCACAGGAACCGACUACGUCGUGCUCACGCAUCCACCCCCGAGGGGGGCCGAUGGCACGGAUGGCCCAGCUGGGUACUAUGGCGGUGGAGAGGAGAUCUUAAACGAUGACGACGACGUGGACUAUUUGUUGAAUGGGCCGCCCAAGCAGCGUAGGAAAAGAGGCGGAUCAGGCGGGCGGCCACAGGCACGAGACGACAUGGAGAGGACCGAUACAUCAGACCUGGCCGCAUUCCUGCGCAACUCUGAGCCACAGGUGAAACCUGACUCUGCCACUUCCUUGCAGCGCAGCGGGAGCCUUCAUGAUGGCCUUGAGUUCCUCAAGGACGAACCCAAGCGCAAAGGCUUCUUCUCCAAAGCCAGAGACGCGAUGACGGGCAGCUUGUCCAAGAAAACAAGUUAUGCUUCGCUCAAGGAACGUGCAGACAAGGACAUGUCUGUAACCCCUGUCGUGCCUCAGCCGCUCAAGUCGCGGGACGACAAGGAGAUCGAGUUCGAUGCACAGCUGAGGAACGAGGAACUCACAAAGGUCAUCCUGCCGAAUGGCAGCUCUUACUAUUCGAAUGGACAGCAAAGCGUUCACAGCACGCCGCGAUCCACGACGGGCCAUCGCAUCUCCAUGCGCUCUCCCAGCUCGGUAAACAAAAACAGCACAGCGUCUGCUGUCCUGCCCUCGAGUGCUUCCAUCAGCUCUCAGACCGGGGGCACGUGCAAUGGCCGAAGUGUCCACUCUGUGCAGCUCGAGGCGGUAUCGAAUACCCGUCGUUCCACGCAGUGCCAAAGCGGCAACGCUGUCUUCAACGAUCCCUCUAACCGCGGACAGGAUGUUGCCAUGCCGCAGAAUGGCGGUUACGACUGCUCUUCUGUCCUGCCUCUCAGCGGCAGCGUUACCAGCAUGGGCUCCGUAUCCAUCAGCGACCCCCGCAAGCAGGCGGGCGGAUCGAUGAGUUCCUGUUGCUCCUCGGUCUCCAGUGGCGUCGCGCAGCACCUGACGGCGCGCGCCCCCGAGCCGCUGAGCACGCCAAGCUCACCAGCGCAGCACUACUCCCAUAUAGUCAACUCGGCUCGGGGCGGCAGCGCGCCGACGGUCGCCACGACACCCCUUACCUCUCGCUCGUCGGCCGGGCAAGAGAAGACGACUAACGAGCUCAUCCGCGAGAUGGAGAAUCAUCAGCUGCCCGUGAGGUCGCCGCGCGUCUCCACACGCGCGCCGCUCCCCGCAUCCACGGAGCAGAUGCCCGUGUCAAAACUGCUCUCGCUCCCUGCCGGACAGCCGUCUGCACUGUCGCAGAGAACGAGCGUCACAUCCGCCUCCUCGAUGAAGACGACCGCCGCAGCGCAGAGAGAUGCGCUGCAGCAUUCGCUUCCUUCGUCCUCGGCGGCGACAGGGCCAGCUGCAUCGCCACGCAAUGGCUCGCCAGCGCAGCCGGCAAGUUUGCCUGCCGAUGCGGCCACAGCGUCGCUGCAACGUCCACCGCGAGAGCCAUCGCCUUACGGCAGCAGCGGGGGCGGCAAGGCGGCACCAGAGCAGUUCAGUGACCCUUCUCCUGGCACGAUGAUCCUGUCAAUCUCAUCGGCCGUGACGAACAGCCCCAAAGCAGCUCCCUCCGCACUUCCGCUGAAAGCCAUUAACAUCCCUGUCGCAACCGCUGCAGCCGCAAUUGAGCUCUCUGGUCCGCCAUCCAGUACCUCUUCCAACAUCGUCGACGCAGAGAGAUCGCUCACUCCUCUGAGCACCACGAGCCGGCACUCGCCUAAGCCUCCUGAGCCAGCACACUUUGUCCGCCCAGACUCACCUAAGGAAGACCUGCUGGCCGCGAUCGCGCACGCACCAAAGAACUACUCACACCUUUCUAUGUACUCGACGCGCACCGAGCUCUGGCGCGCGCUAGAGGCAACGCGCGCAGCGGCAAUCCUGGCGGAGAACCGGCACAAUUCCCGCAUGGUCCGCCAGCAGCGGCUGACACGCAAGACGAUCGCGCUGCUCGAAGCCUCCUUGUCCGCCCCGCACACCGUCGGCCGCCGGCCAUCGCACGGGAGCAUCCGCAGCAACCGCACCGGUGGGCCUGCCACCGCUGCGGACGAUGCGCGCGUGCGCAAGCACGUCGCGGAGCUCAAGCAAUCGCUCAAGGGCAAAGGCACCACGGAGCACCAGAAGGACCCCGAGUACACUCCGAAGCGCGAGGUGAAAGACGAAGACUCGGAGCUGGUCAGCGACGAUUUCACUGCUGUCAGCUCGGAUAAUGCUGCCGGCCCUUCUGAGCAGCAACAGGAACAGCCCGUCAAUAGCAGCAUGACAGAAAACGUCGCCCCCGUUGCUGACGCUAAUGAUGCUGGGAAAAGAGGCGAUGGAGCAGGCCAGGAAGGCGGAUAUGGUGGCACUCGUGAAAACAAGGGUUCCUUUAGCCACGCGCAGAGGGUUGUUCCGGGCAUCGUCAAUGGGGCCCAAGCUACCACGUCCUCUGCAGCUGCAGCGGCGAUCGCAACCCGGACAGCGCGCAGCUCGAGCCUAUCUUCCUCGCGCCGACUUGAAUCUCUAGCUCCUCUGCCGACAUCCCAUCAGAGCGGCUCUGCUUCCAUCAUUCCUCGAUGCGGUUCGGCUUCAGGUCGCAACGCUUCCAGGGACGGUUCAGUCGAUGAUGCUUCGCGUGUCGCAGCGCCUCUCGUUGCGGUCGCACUGGCAGAACAGCCUCCGGUACCUGCAGGACUUGCUGGUGCAAUCGUAGGUCCUGCGCCAGCUGCCGUGCCAACUGCAACCGCGGCUGUGCCGCCUCCGCUGGCUCCUUUCGUAUCCACUCAUGCUUCCAAGGCAAGCAUCGCUUCGAUCUCGGAGAAUCCUUACACGUCCAAGGCCAGCUUGCAGAUCAGCGAGCAAGAUGCAGCGAUCUUUGCGCGCUUCGCUGCGUCUGCCGCCCUUUGAUACGAUCUGGGUUGGUUCGUUCCUGCCCACGUUUCCAUGCACGUCUUC